UUCCUUCUAAAAUGCUGUUGUUCAAUGGUCGUAUGUAUGAAUUUCAUAGUGUUCGCAGGUUACAAUAAAUCAGACAAUUUUUCAAUUAAAGUUGAAUUAAGAUUGGAAUUGUAGUGUAGUGUGCAAGGACCAUUAAUCGUAAGAUACAGAAUCGAGAACUAUUUAAUGGAUCCGACUAUCGGUUGGUAUCAACCGGAGCAGUUCGGCCCUGCUAAGGAUUUGUGGUUACACAUUUGGGAAGCUGAAAAAGGCUUGGAUAUUUUAACGUUGAAAAACGAUUCGUCUUCGAAUGUAAUGGGUGUGAAGCUUCAACAAGACUUCAUAUCUUUAGAUUCUCUCAAUUCUCGUACGGGAGAUCGCAUGCAACAUAAUACUUGUAAUAGCUAUUAUAAUCCAUCGCGUAGGAAAGGUGAUAAUCGUGCUAGUACCUACGGCAUGAACUACAAUUAUGAUGCCUUAGUUGGCGAAUACGGUGGUUGUCCAUGGCGAGUACCCAAUAAACAUUAUUCAAAAGGUGUUAUUGGAUUACAUGAAGAAAUUGAAGAUUUUUUUGCUUAUAUGUGUCCCUCUAAUGAAGAACAUAGUUUACGAAUACGUGUUGUCAAAAGGAUAGAACAAGUAAUAUAUGAUCUCUGGCCAGAUUCUAAGGUUGAAGUAUUUGGCAGCUUUCGUACUGGUUUAUAUUUACCUACAAGUGAUAUAGAUUUAGUGGUAAUAGGAAUGUGGACAAAUCUUCCAUUACGCACUUUGGAACGUGCUUUAUUGGAUCAAAAUAUUGCUGAACCAUCUUCUAUUAAGGUUUUAGAUAAAGCUAGUGUUCCAAUUGUCAAGCUGACUGAUAAAGAAACUGAAAUUAAAGUAGAUAUCAGUUUUAAUAUGAAUAAUGGUGUUAAAUCUGCAGAAUUGAUAAAUUCUUUUAAAAAGAGGUUUCCAGUACUAGAAAAGCUAGUUAUGGUAUUAAAGCAAUUCUUGUUACAAAGAGACCUGAAUGAAGUGUUUACUGGUGGAAUCUCAUCAUAUAGUUUAAUACUUAUGACUAUCAGUUUUUUACAGUUACAUCCUAGACAAAAUGCUUAUUGUUCAAAUGCUAAUCUUGGGGUGCUGUUAAUAGAAUUUUUGGAAUUAUAUGGUAGGAAAUUUAAUUAUGUUAAAACAGGAAUUCGUGUAAAAGAUGGUGGUACUUACAUAUCAAAGGAAGAGGUUCAAAGGGAUAUGAUAGAUGGCCAUCGACCUUCUUUAUUAUGCAUAGAAGAUCCACUUACACCAGGAAAUGAUAUUGGUCGUAGUAGUUAUGGUGCUCUAUAUGUAAAAGAUGCAUUUGAUUGGGCUUACUAUGUCCUUUCACAAGCAGUUAGUCCUUUAAAUAUAUUAGUUAACGAUGCAAAUAAAGUAAGUAUACUAGGAAGAAUAAUUCGAGUGACAGAUGAAGUAAUAGAAUACCGCAAAUGGAUUAAAGAAACAUUCCCACUACCUUUGAGUGAAGUAGAUUCAUUGUCAAGUUCUACUGGUUCUGAUGCUUCAACAUUAUCUGCUCCAGCUAGUGAUACAGAUUCUGAAUGUAGUCGUGGAAAUUCUCCUAACACUAGUGGAAAAGGAGAAGAUAGAAAUAAAGAAAGACAUGUAUAUAAUAAUCAGCAUACUCAUCAUCAUUCACAAUGGAAAAAACCAUUUAAAGCAACUACUCAUGGUAAUCACCAUCAUAAUUCCAGAGGAAAUUAUCAUCAUCGUGGAAUAAAUAAUAAUAAUAUAAGUGGACAAAGUAAAGCAAAACAUUCUCUUCAUAGUAAUGGAAAUAAUAAUAAUAGCCAUAGUCCAAGUUCAAGGUCACAAACUGUUAAACGAAAAAAACAUUGCAUUACACCUCGUACUGGAGAUUGUGUACGGUGAUGAAACGUGCAAAAUAAUGUUGGACUUUAUUUCAUAUUUAAGUAGAGAGCUCAAUAUCAUAAUUGUGUGGUGAAAAGACAUUGAUUAACUUUCAUCGCGCAACUAAUUAUCGUUUCCAAUUAGAAGGGCUCUGUGUCUAUAAUUAUGUGGAGUUAACAAACUCUAUGUUAUUUUUCUCUUAUAUGAGCAAAAAAGAGACCCUGGUGUAGUUAAGUUCUUGAUUUCAUCAGAAAUAUUUUUUAUUCUGUACGAAAAUUUAUAUACCAAAGACGUACAGAAUUGUAAUAUAAAUUGAUUAAUUUUACUUUUAUUUUGCAUUACUGCACAUAUUACAAAUAAUAUUUUUAAAAAUAUGUAAUAUUUUAUUAAUUACUGUUUAUAAAGUUAUAAGCUUAUUGCAAUCUUUGAAUAGCAAUUGUGUUCAUAAUCACGGUAAACUCAUUGUAAUACAUUUAUAUAAUACGAACGAUAUAUACAAAGAUUAUUUACAGUGCAGUUUUCUUAAAGAUUUCAUGAAAUUGUAAAACAAGCUCUAAUAAUGAUAAAGACUUAGUUUUCUAUACGGAACUAUAUUCUUAUAAUACAAAGGGGUAACAGAAAAAUUGGUGAUAUUGGGACUUACCUAUUGUAAAUACUGUAAUAUAUAUUAUCAAACAUAGAAAAAUAAGUCUAAGAGUUACCUACUACAUUUUUUAUUUUGUACGUAUCUAAAGUAGUGUUUGUUAUAAUAAUUUUAUCAUUUGAAAUCAUGGAUUAGUCCAUGUAUGUGAGAAUUACGUAUUUUCUGUAAUAAUAUAAGCAAUAGUUGUGAAAGUGUUUUGGUAUAUCUUUCGGAUUUUAAUAAAAUUAUAAAUUCGUGUGCUGAUGAUCAACAAAUUUUAAAUAAAAAAUAUUUUUGAAAAUAUUAACUCAUUGAAGAAAAAAAUGAUAAACUUUAGAUUUUUACACUGCGUUCUUUAAAAUCGUAAUUGUGCAUAAUGCUUUACUUUUUAUACAGAAUUACUGAUUUCGUAACACUAGUUUAUAAUUUUUAGUCUCCCCUGAACAAUAAUACAUUAUUUUUAUAUUAUAAAAAUAAUAAUAAGCAUAUACAUCAUGGUCGAAUGUUACACGAAUUCAAUGCACGAAUCAGACAUUGCAUUUAAACAUAUUCUUAUCUUCAAAAUUUGAGCAACAUUUCAAAAAUUUUAUAUGUGACAAUAUAUAUAUGCAAAAGGCCUUUAUAUUAUUGAAAACUUCAUGAAAUGUAUACUUGUGAAAUUAUCUUAUAUCUAAUUUAUUAUUGAAAAUUACAUUCCGUUUUUCAACAUAAAUUUUCUCAAACUGAAAAAAAUAAGAAAUGUUUACUAAUUAAGAAUUUUUGUCCGGACUGCAUUUUGUGUUAAUGCAAGUUGUAAUGAUUCAACAAUAUCUCCUAUUAAAUUCAAGUGCAGAGAUAAA